AUGCUGGGAGACAGAUGGUGGCUCACCAAACAGGGGCCAGAGGUUGCUCAGCUCUGGGACAGAGAGAAAACACUGGCACUGGCAGGGGACAGCUCAGGUCUAAAGGAAUCGGCAGCAAGGGGCGAGGAUGCUGCUGGGCCCCAUGGCUGAGAUGGCCCCGGAGGACACGGGGCUUGGGGACAGGGCUGCUCCCCAAGAUGCCUCGGGCCUCCAGGACAGCUUGUUCUCCUCCGAAAGUGACAACAGCCUGUACUUCACCUACAGUGGCCAGUCCAACACCUUGGAAGUCCAAGGCCUCAGCUACCAGGUGGACGCGGCCUCCCAGGUGCCUUGGUUUGAGCGGCUGGCUCAGUUCAAGAUGCCUUGGACAUCUCACAAGGACUCGUGUGAGCUGGGCAUCCAGAACCUGAGCUUCAAAGUGAGGAGUGGGCAGAUGCUGGCCAUCAUAGGGAGCUCAGGCCAAGGGAGAGCCUCUUUGCUGGACGUGAUCACCGGGCGAGGCCAUGGCGGCAAAGUGAAGUCAGGCCACAUCUGGAUCAACGGGCAGCCCAGCACGCCGCAGCUGGUGAGGAAGUGUGUGGCCCACGUGCGCCAGCACGACCAGCUGCUCCCCAACCUGACCGUCCGAGAGACCUUGGCUUUUGUGGCCCAGCUGCGCCUGCCCAGAGCCUUCUCCCAGGCCCAGCGCAACAAAAGGGUGGACGACGUGAUCGCGGAGCUGCGGCUGCGGCAGUGUGCCAACACCCGCGUGGGGAACACCUAUGUGCGGGGGGUGUCGGGGGGCGAGCGGCGGAGAGUCAGCAUUGGGGUGCAGCUUCUAUGGAACCCAGGAAUCCUCAUUCUGGAUGAACCCACCUCUGGGCUCGACAGCUUCACGGCCCACAACCUAGUGAAAACCCUGUCCAGGCUGGCCAAAGGCAACCGGCUGGUGCUCAUCUCCCUCCACCAGCCUCGGUCGGACAUCUUCAGGCUGUUUGACCUGGUCCUUCUGAUGUCAUCUGGCAUCACCAUCUACUUGGGGGCAGCCCAGCACAUGGUCCAGUACUUCACGGCAGUCGGCUACCCCUGUCCUCGCUACAGCAACCCUGCUGACUUCUACGUGGACCUGACCAGCAUAGACAGGCAGAGCAGAGAGCAGGAAGUGGCCACCACGGAGAAGGCACAGUCACUUGCAGCCCUGUUUCGGGAAAAAGUACGUGACUUCCACGACUUCGUGUGGAGAGCAGAGGCUGGGGAGCCCGGCGUGGGCACCUGUUCGAGGAGCCUGGUCCUCCCCCGGGACGCCGAGCACCUCCAGACUCCCGCCGAGCUGCCUGGCCCCGUGCAGCAGUUCACCACGCUAACCCGUCGUCAGAUUUCCAACGACUUCCGAGACCUCCCGACCCUGCUCAUCCACGGGGCGGAGGCCUGCCUCAUGUCUCUGAUCAUUGGGUUCCUCUACUAUGGCCACGGGGCUGUCAAGCUCUCCUUCAUGGACACGUCUGCCCUUUUGUUCAUGAUCGGAGCCCUCAUCCCCUUCAACGUGAUCCUGGACGUCAUCGCCAAAUGCCACUCGGAGAGGGCGAUGCUUUACUACGAACUGGAAGACGGGCUGUACACCGCCGGGCCGUACUUCUUUGCCAAGAUCCUCGGGGAGCUUCCGGAGCACUGUGCCUACAUCUUCAUCUACGGGAUGCCCACCUACUGGAUGGCCAACCUGCGCCCGGGCCCCGAGCCCUUCCUGCUGCACUUCCUGCUGGUGUGGCUGGUGGUCUUCUGCUGCAGGAUCAUGGCCCUGUGUGCCGCCGCCCUGCUCCCCACCUUCCACAUGUCCUCUUUCUUCGGCAACGCUCUCUACAACUCCUUCUACCUGACAGGGGGCUUCAUGAUCAGCUUGAACAACCUGUGGACAGUGCCUGCCUGGGUUUCCCACGUGUCCUUCCUCCGGUGGUGUUUCGAAGGGCUGAUGCAGAUUCAGUUUAAAGGGCAAACUUACCACCUGGUAGUCGGCAGCCACACCAUCCCUGUCCCAGGAGACGAAAUCCUCAGCGCUAUGCACCUGGACUCCUACCCGCUCUACGCCAUCUACCUCAUCCUCAUCGGCAUCACUGGUGGCUUCGUGGCCCUGUACUUUGUGUCCUUAAAGUUCAUCAAACAGAAACCAAGUCAAGACUGGUGAUGCACGCCCAGCCUCCUGCCCGCUGGUGGGGGACUCGAGAAGACCCUUCCAUUGCAUCCCCCUCCCCCCAAGGAGCUCCUUCCCAGGCCUAAGGAGGAGAGUGAGAAGUCAGCUGCUCAGCUACAUCCGGCCUACAGUGCUGCAGUGGCACAAAUUGGCCACAGGAUGGCAGUAGAAUAAAGACAGUCAAAAGG